UAAUCAGUUGUUUUAAUUUUUUCCGAUGGUCGCUGCAUCUUCUUCAGUCAUCUAAGCACUCGGUGCAGCCACAAUCACAAAUGGCGUCAGGUGGCGACACCACCGACGGCGGAACCCUAACACCACCACCGUCACUCCCUUCCUCUUCCAAUCCUCCCGGCAACUCACUCCCGGCGCCGCCGCUUCCAACCCUUGCAUCCGAGCUCGUGGAAGAAAUCCUAUGUAGGGUUCCGGUGAAGUCUCUUUUGCGAUUCCGGUGCGUCUGCAAGUCCUGGAAUUCCCUGAUUUCUGAUCCCAAAUUCGCCAGAAAGCACCGUCGCGAGUACAACCGCUACAACUUCAUGAUAGAUACCGAGAACCAUCUCAGCUCUUAUCCAGUCGGAUAUGCCUUUGAUUCCUACGCAGCCACGCGGUUAGAGUACCCUCCCAACUAUACUGUCCACUCUUCUGUUAUCUUUAGCUCUUGUGAUGGCAUUCUCUGUUCGUACUGCUUCGGAAGCCGUAUCGUUCAGGCAUGGAACCCUUGGACUAGGACCUUUGUGAAAUCGCCGCCAUUGGAAAAUAUUAAGUCAGGGUAUUCUGUAAUUGAGACGUCGUUAGGGUUCGGUUACGAUCGUCUCACUGAAAGUUAUAAGGCGGUUAAGAUGAUUUUUGACGCUGAUCAUGGUCUCAAAACUCGAGUGAUGAUUCAUACGUUUGGUACCAGUUUUUGGAGAAGGAUGGAGGUGGAUUUUUGCCCCGUUGAUAAAACAGGAACAUUUGCUUAUGGAACAAUUUACUGGAUAGCUUCUGUGGUUUGGGAUUCGAAGAAGCGGUUUAUUGUUUGUCUUGAUGUGGGGAAGGAGUCCUUUCAGGAACUUCGGCUGCCUAAAUUAGAUGACCUAAACCUCACAUUGGGAGUGUUGCGAGAUUGCUUGUGCGUUGUUUCUCAUGAGCAGUUGUUUUGGGAUAUUUGGGUCAUUAAGGAGCAUGGAAAGUGUUGGACUAAAUUAUUCAGUAUUCCUGAGGAUUGUAGCUGUUUUCCGCUUAACCAGCCUCAUUAUAUUUCUGAGGAUAAGGAAGAAUUACUACCACUGUCUUCCUUUCGGGGUUUAGUUGUUUAUAGGCGUGCAACUCCUACGGACAAAGUUACUCGGAUUUUUUAUAUUGAAAACAUCAAAGCUUGGAUUCUCCCAGAGAUGUCCUACUCCUAUGAGCCAGUUGUCUACACAGAGAGUUUGAUAUCACCCUGUCCUCAAUAUUAGGAGGGUUUCCUUUCUCUGCCACACUAUGUGAUAUAGUAAUUAUUAAUGGUUAUAUAAAAUUGCUACACAGCUGGAAUUAUUAAUGGUUAUAUAAAAUUGCUACACAGCUGGAAAUUAUGGUUGGGGAAUCAGGAGCAAGAACAAUUGGCAAAAGAACAAACUCGCAUUGCGCUGAAAAGCAAGACUUGGAAGAGAAACGUUACAUCUGGAUGAUCAUGUGAGAAAACUAUUUAGGUUCUUAUUGGGAGUGGAAAACUGAUUCCAUGCCAUGCCUUUUUUUUAUACUUUUACUUUUAAGUUUAGUGUCCUAUGUUUAAAAUAUUUUAUGGGUUACUCCACAAAUGCAUUUAAAAGAAAAUUGCUUGGCAUUGUAGGAGACUAAGACAUGUGUGAAAACGUUUGAUCUUAACUGAUCUUCGAGGUCUUUUUUAUUUAUUAUUGAAGGGCAAUGUUCAUUGUUGAAUGUUGAGGUAGGGUUUGUGGGCAUCUCAUGUUUUGUGCGCUA